AAUAACAAAUGGACGUCUCUAAGGAUGAUUAAAUUGUGAUAAUAAUAAACAAAGUUAAGAUUUUGUCUGUAAUAAUAAUCUUAUUUUUGGUCCGUAAGAUUUUGUGAAAGUUGCAUAAAUUCUUAUAACUAUUGUGUGUUAAGUGUGAGAAACUUUUAAGAGUAUUUGUGAAUAAAGUUUUUUGUAUUAUCAAUCAUGAAAGGAGGAAUUUUGUUUUUUGUCGUGGCUGCUCUCGCCUUGUUUAAUGGCAGACCAGCUAAUGCUAUACCGGUAAUAACUACUCUUACAAAAGCGGUCGAAGUUGUUUCAUUUGGAAUAGACGUGUACUCGUUUUUUAGUUCAAUACUAGGAGGGGAAGACGAGGUUCAAAGUACACCGGCACCUUUCGAGUAUGACAGAAUAAUUAAUAGGAUAUCGGAAAGAAUUGAGUCAUCGACGGAAGCUAUUAUAUUUAAAAUUGAACUUCAAGCAUACCUAUCAGAAUUGCGUGAGGUUGCCCUGACUGUCAAACAACUCCUUAUCGACAUGGAAUACAUAAUUAAAGCAAAAUCUAAGGAAAUCAGAGAGGAACAACAGAAAAGAUUUCUUAAAAGCUAUGAGCUACAUAAAAUAAAGAUAUAUAAAAUCAAAAGUCUCCUCACUUUCAGAGUUCCCGUGUCGGGAAUUUCCAAUACUCUAUUAUCUCUUAUUACAAAUGAAUUUGAAUGUGGGAUGACACGUCUUGAGGAAUUCCAGAAUUACUACAUGACACUAGUUUCUGAUGUUGUCGCACUAGACCUAUUAAAUGAAAGACUUGCAGAGAAGAGCCUUUAUAACGAAACAUUAGCAACUUGGGAAAAUGCAAUAACAUCUUUGUUUGAGGAUUUUGAAAAGCAGAAAGACACUUGCAAAGCGAAAUUCUUUGAAUUAGUUAAAAAAGAUUUCGAGAAAACAACUGAUCCUUUACAGAUGUAUGAAAAUAGCAAAACUAAAUAUCCCAACAAAACAAUCGAUGUUCUUUUUUUGAAGGGGACAUAUUGUAUUUGGUAUCGGAAGAAAUAUGACAACAUCUUAAAAAAGAAACAAGACAAAGCAAUGACCUUUGCAGUUAUAAAUUCCGAAGACAAUCUUGUUGCUUCACGCAACAAAGCACAGUAUUUGAAGGUAACAUUAAAAGCUAAAUUCGAUAAUUGCCUGGGAGACACUGACACAAUCCUUUCUUAUUUGGAUGCUUUAGGAGACGAUUUGAUAUUAUGGCUUAUGUUUCCACAAGACAGAGCCGCCGAAUUUAAAAUUCUGCUUCACGAAAAUUCGACGGCGAUCAAGAUAAAUUCUGCCAUAGAUGGUACCAACUACAUAACUGUUUUUUACGUGCGACCACUUGACGAAGAUGCACAUUCUAAACUCUCAUCGGCUGACUUCGAUACAGUGUUUUACGAAGAUUUACACGCUGAAGAAGGAUCAGAUGGUGAUAAAAAACGAUUGUUGUCGUACAAAUCCAUUAUAAUUAUAAUUUUCUCAAUCUGUUCAGCUCUAGCGAUCAUAUUUAAUAUAGUGAUUUUCACACGUUGUCGUUGUGUGCGAAGACAUUACUAAUAAUAAAUUCUUUUAUAUUUCAACUCUUAAUCAUAAAAGAUAACCAAUCUGUAAAUAUCAAAGAUAUUCAUUAUAACAUAUACAUUGUAUUUAAAAAGAAAUAAGAUAAACAAAACUACAUAUGCCUAUGCCAAAAUGCAAAUACAAUGAGGCAUCACACAAAACAUUUGGACAUGCAUGGCAUAUCUAGCUACGGGUGACAGGUUAUUAACAGCCAAGUUUUUAUAGAAGAACUGAAGGAAAUAACGGGAUCUUUGGUCUGGUUAAGGGACAAGUAACUAACGAUAAGCAUAUUGAGAUAAUUUCAUAGUUUAUUAGAAUACGACGCGUUUGAAAUAAUAAAAUACAAUUAAAUUCUUUGUCAUCAAGUACACACAUGUAUUGUUCCACCUCUCUUAUCUGCAUAAUAAUUAGCGGUAGCGUGGAGCAGAAGGAACGAUGGCACUGACCAAAGUCAAACCAACGAAAACGAAUUCUAAAUGAUACAGUCUAUAUCAUGGCUAAUUAACGUUUCAACCACUUUUUAUUUGGUUAUAAUAUAAAAAACAACGAUUUCAUAAAAAUAAAUUAGCAAAAUGAUAACGAAUUCUGGCAAGACUGUAGGGUGAUCAAAGAGACAAAGGACUAAAAUGGUCAUACACAGCAAUGUCAAUCACAGACAUGGAGUCAAAAAUUGCGGUUGAUGACGACACUCAUCGAUAAAAAACAUUUGCAGGAAGUCGAUGUUUGCUAAUCCGUUAGCAAACGCUUUCGUCAUGAACAACCGCAACAAUCCAAUUUCCAAUCAGAAGAGAUGAGGGUUGUGAAGUUACAGCUCCAGUGUAUAGAGUCGAUUCAUGAUUAUUUUAACAGACAGAAGUGGCAGGAGAAUGGAAAAAUCUGGCGAAAGUUCUGGAUCGGAUGUUUGGUAUUCCAGUUCAGCUCAACUGUAUUUAUGAUGUUAAAUCUGUCGGGGGACCACUGGCUCUUAAACCAUUUUAAUUUACGUACCUUUAUUGUGCAUUGUUAAAAAAUAUUCCGUGUAAGCAAUUCAUUAAAAUGUUACAAAACUAAUGUCCGUGAUGAGACUAUGCUCCGAUUUGACCAUUUACAGCAAAGUAUUAUCGUAAUUAUAAUGCUAAAUCAUUGCCUACUUUUUAUACUGGCGAAGAAUGAAUUUAUUGCCUGAUUAUAAAGAGAAUAUUGUGGGUAGGCAGUAGGCAUGAAGUCCUCAAAAAUAUGUGUCACAUAUUAGGACUCAGAAAUGAGUAAGAUUAUUUCUUUGUGAAUAUGGCAAGCCUAUGUUUUGUCUGAAUGAAUUAGGAGAAAUUUAGAUGUAAG